GGUCGCAGACGCAGGGUUCGGCCGCCGCCGAGGGGUGUCGCCGGGUUGUGGAGCCGGGAGGACACCCGAAGAGUUCCCCUGAGACUGACUAAACGAUUGGAAUCCCCGCUGGAAUUUGUAUGUGAAGCAUUCCCAGACCCUCCAGCCAACUCAGCAUCAGCUACUUCUCUGUAAUUGGAUCCUGAUUAAGAUUCUCCCAGGAAAGACUUCACUGGAUCCACGCUCAAGAGGACACCUCCAGGUUUCCCUGGGCCCCGCCCCCACGUCGCUGUGAAGUGCCAAGGCCUGAGAACGUGGGUACGUGUAUUACAACGGCAAGAGUGCCAGCGCCAACAAAAAGACACUGUGGACCUCUCAGCUCCUCUGCUCACCAAGCAGAUAGAAUAACUGACCAGCAGAGCAGAGAAGCCCAGUGCCUCUGCAUGACACCACCAGCUGAUAACAUACAAGGAAAAAGUAACUAAUUUAGAAUAGAGCCCUACCUUUCCUUGAGAAGCUGGGCUUUGGAGGAGCUGUUCUGAGAUCUGUGCUGCUAGUAAGUGGCUGAUAACAUUGUAGACUGGAUUGGUCCCUGAGUUCAGAGACUGAGUUGCAAGUGAGUGACAUAUAGACAACGAAAUCUUGAAGAUUUGCACAGAGGUGCAAACCAAAGCUAACCCUCUCCAGAUUAUGUUGGUUGGACUGAGAAAUUGCUAAGCCAAACCUGUAAUAGGACUGAUUAUUUGGGUGUCUCUCUUUGUCAUUGUUGUCUUUUUCUGUUACAUUACUCUCUGUGUUGUCUUUUUAGGCCCAGAUGUUUGCAGAUAAUUCACAUUGUCCUGACUGUGGACAACAGUGGUUCCCUAGUUUAGAACUAGGCCACUGGUUAUACCAAACUGAACUUGUUGAAAAUGAAUGUUACCAAGUAUUCUUAGACCGUAUUAACAGGGCUGAUUAUUGCCCUGAAUGUUAUCCUGACAAUCCUGCUAAUAGAAGCCUUGUUCUUCCAUGGUCUUUCCCACUUGAAUGGGCACCCCAAAAUCUCACCAGGUGGACUUUUGAAAAAGCCUGCCAUCCAUUUCUUCUGGGUCCUCCACUCGUUAGAAAAAGGAUACAUGACUCUAGAGUAGCUGGUUUUAACCCUGCAUUGCAGUUAAUAUUGACCAGAACAGACAAAACCUUAAACAAAAAGCUUGGCCAAAACAAAUAACUCUUAAAACACUCAAAAUCAUGGGGACACUAGAGUGUUUUGUAUUAGAAGCUCAAGGAAGAUGGAAAAAUGAUUGUUUGCUAAGCCUGAUAAGACUGUCACUACUUUGGGUAACUGCCUAAAUUGUUGAAUCAGUUUCUGUGGUCUAUGCACAUUUUGUUUGCCUUGAAUUUAACUUCAGUAUUCCAGCCAAACUGUUCAUCUGAACCAGAUUAAUCCAUGUUCCCUAUGUUUUGGAAUUAGUUUACCCUUUCUAAAAAGCUCACAGCCUAAUUAGAAUACAUGGUAAGAUAGUCAUGGAGAAGAGGGCCCAUACUCGGUGCUCUGUAAUGGUAUUUCUAGUGAUAACUUCUCUGGAAAAGCAUCCUUGUUAUAGCUGGAUUCUAGAUUAUUCUAGUAAAGCAACUAGACACUUUAAUAAGAAACUACAUUGUUACAAAUUCUUCUGCACUAGACAGUGAUAAUGGUAUAUGUAGUUUAUUCAUAUGUAACCACUUACUUUUCACUGACUCUGUUUGACCCAUCCUUAAUGUGUCAGUGAUGUUAUUGGUCUCUGGUCACUGUCAGAGAAAUCACACUUUUUCAGGCACUAUCUACAUACAUCUCACAGGAACAUGCAGAGCUGCUACUGCCCUACACUUAGUUGGCUCUCCAGAAGCAAAGAGCACUCUGUCUUUUUGAUGACUCAACUUAGAACAUCUUCCCUGAAAGUUGAAAAAUACCUGUACGAUGAGAGCAAUGACAAAGGCAUUAGCAGGCUUGACUGUAUAUGUUACUGACAAUCUAAGGGCAGCAUUCUUUCCCAGAACUGGGCAGAAGGUUGUGCUGGACAUGCCCACGUUGUGGCCACCAUAGGCUUGUGAGAAUCAGAGUUUCGGUUACAAAACUUAGGGGGAAACUGUUGAAAACAUCCCAAAGGCCACUGAACAAUUUUAAAAUUCCAUUUAAGAUGCUAGAUAAUCUUCGCUACAUAGCAACUCAGCAGUGUUUUCAAGAUCCCAGCUUUUUUCUUUUCCCUGCUGGGAUCCUUAUCUUGUUGACUGUUUUUCCUUAACAAGCAGUAUGACUUGUUGCCAUUCCAGACAUGUGAAUCCCAGUCAAAGACUAGAAAUAGGAAGCAAAAGCUGUCUCCCUUUUAGUCUCUUGUUCAGGAAGGAAAUUGUUCUCAAAAGUCUCUCACUAAUUUCUUCUUACAAAGAAGGUACUGGUUCACAGAGGAGUCUGGGAAGCCCAGCCAAGGGACAAAGGGUUGGAACAAUGCUUCCCCCAGUAAAAUCAGGGCUCUUUAGAAAGGAAGAUGUGAGGAAUGAAUGGCUGCUGGUAUGCAACAAGUCAUGACUGCCAAAUGUUGUAAAACCUAAAAAAGUUACUUGUUAGUCUAUGUAAAGAAUGUACCUCCCAAAUCUACCCUGUAUCUGCCUUAUGUCUGUCAUGAUGGAAAUUCUCUCCUGUAUAUUGCUGAAUAAACUGUGUGGACUGCU